AUGAACGCUAACCGAACGGGGACUUUCACAACGCUUCUCACAACAGUCACCGACUCUUGCCUGCGCCUGUCAGAUAAGUUCAUGACUCAAUUCAAAACACAACUUGUGUUCGAAGAUACCAAACCUACGAUGCUGAUUGAAGUUCAUGGACAAAAGAAGGGAACUAAUGGAAUCAAAUUCCCCAGUAAGGAGAGCAAUACGUAUUUGAAGUUGCCAAGAACGUUUGAAAGCGACCUCCAAGGGGAAAAUUACUCCUAUGUCGGGGUUUUAUAUGACAUUCGGGAGAUAAACCAACUGUUGCCUGGACACCAAAACUCGUAA